AUGGCAAAACGUGAACAUAAAAGUCAUACUGGGGAUUCCAGACCAAGCAAAAAACCUAAAAAUACGAAGCAUACCAAGCAAGAUGCUGAUGUUUCGCCGCCAUACUCCCAAUCACCGGCUCUUGACACUGUCCCACAAUCCGAAAUCGACCAAUUCUUUUCUGACCAUUCUAUCAAGAUAACGGACUCCUCACUGGAUAGCACACCGUUGCGCCCCAUAACCUCAUUCUCGUUUCUGCCACAAAGCAAUGAAAAGCUCUACGAUCCUCUGGAUGGCUUCAGCUGCCCUACUGCGAUUCAAUCUACAACAUGGCCACUUCUGUUCUCAGGCCGCGAUGUAAUCGGGAUCGCGGAAACCGGAAGUGGGAAAACCUUAGCCUUCGGCUUACCGUGCUUGAAGAAGGUACUCGACUUGAAGAAGAGCAAACAAAAACCGUGCCGACCAAUUGCAGUGAUCAUCUCCCCGACGAGGGAGCUUGCAAUGCAGAUUAAUGAUCAACUUGUGAAAUUCGCAGGGAAAGUGGAUGUCAAGGUAGCCUGUAUAUUUGGCGGGGUUAGGAAAGACGAACAGCGCGAGACUCUCAAAUCUGCUGCCAUCGUUGUUGCGACUCCGGGAAGAUUGAAGGACCUCCAGAAUGAUGGCUCGUUGGACCUUGGCAGGGUUAAGUAUCUCGUUUUGGACGAAGCAGAUCGUAUGCUGGAUAAGGGUUUCGAGCAAGAUAUCAAGGACAUAAUUUCUGACAUGCCAGUCUCCAAACGUCAAACCGUUAUGUUCACGGCCACAUGGCCGCCUGCCGUCAGAGAGCUUGCGUCAACCUUCAUGGCGUUUCCGGUUACCGUCACUAUCGGGGGUGACCCGUCCGCGGACCCACGUGCAAACACUAGGAUCAAACAGGUUGUCGAGGUCGUAAAGCCGCUUGAAAAAGAGCAGAGGCUUGUGCAAAUUCUCAACAAGCACCAACGAGGCCCAGACAAGGUGUUGGCAUUUUGUUUAUACAAGAAGGAAGCAAUGCGUGUUGAGAGACUCCUUCGAACGAAGGGCUUCAAAGUUGCGGGUAUUCAUGGUGACUUGAGCCAGCAAGAGAGAUUCAAAAGUCUCGAGGCCUUCAAAUCAGGCACAGCGACUGUUCUUGUCGCAACCGAUGUGGCGGCUCGUGGUCUAGAUAUACCUCAUGUAAAGCUGGUCGUAAAUGUUACGUUUCCGCUCACUGUUGAAGAUUAUGUGCACCGAAUUGGCCGGACCGGUCGUGCUGGUGCCAAUGGCCAUGCUAUAACUUUGUUCACGGAAACCGACAAGGCUCAAUCUGGCGGGUUGAUCAAUGUCUUGAAAGCGGCAAACCAGGAUGUACCCGAGGCUUUACUUAAGUUUGGGUCGACUGUGAAAAAGAAGCAGCAUGACGCGUACGGUGCCUUUUUCAAGGAUGUCGAGCCGGGAAAGGCGGCUACAAAAAUUGUAUUUGAUGACUGA